UCACCCUAGGCUGUUGAGUUUGGUUCAGAAUGAACUAUUCUGUAAUUUGAUGCAAUUUGGCUUGUCAACGAGCCCACUAAUUUUUUCAAUGGUUUGCAGCAUUGUUCUCAGUCUAUAUCAUCAUUUGCGUUCUCAACUCAAACUACAGUUUGAAUCUUUCUUUUCCUGUGUUAUUUUGAGGCUUGCACAAGGCUGUUAUGGGGCUUCAUACCAGCAGCAGGAGGUUGCCAUGGAGGCUCUUGUUGACUUUUGCAGGCAGAAGGCAUUUGUGGUGGAGAUGUAUGCUAACCUAGAUUGCGACAUUACUUGCGGCAAUGUGUUUGAAGAUCUUGCCAAUAUAUUGUCAAAAAGUGCAUUUCCUGUGAAUUGCCCUUUGUCUGCAAUGCACAUUCUUGCUUUGGAUGGAAUGGCUGAGAGGAUCAGCAAUGGAUUAGUUAGUUCAGAACAAGGUUCCAUAAGUCUUGAGGAGUAUACCCCAUUUUGGAUGGUGAAGUGUGACAACUAUAGUGAUCCUGAUCAUUGGGUACCGUUUGUCUGCCGGAGGAAAGAUACUAAAAGGAGGCUGAUGAUUGGUGCUGAUCAAUUUAAUCGGGGAUCCCAACAAAGGGCUUGA